AUGAAAUUCACUUUGAUUACCCUGACGGCGGUGCUGUCUUCCGUUUUAGCAGAUCCAGCCCUGUUUUUGAACGGAGGUUUCUUAUCUUCCUAUCCGUCAUAUGCUUCAGCUGCUCUGCUAGCACCUGGGGCAGCACAAGUUGUUGCCCCGGUUGCACCGGUUGCACCGGUUGCACCCGUCGCACCAGUUGCUCCCGUUGCCCCAGUAACAUCAACCUUGGCAGAUUACAGCUAUGCCUACGGAUCUUCUCUUACAUAUCAAGAUAGAUACCUCCCAGCCGCCGCUGCUGUAGUCAACUCAGCAUACACUCUCCCAUACAACCUACCCUACGCAUACGCCGCCGAUUACUUUUACCGCAAAUAA